UGCUGGACAGCCUGAUCACCUGGCUCCUGGAUGUCUCCAGGUGGCCGAGGACGUGUCAGGAUGGUAGGUUAGGAGGGGCCCGCCAUGCGCAGAGCAGAGCGAAAGGCAGAAUAGGAGAGAAGCUUAGGGUGGGGACGUGUGUGUCUGGCCAGCCUGGAACAUGUCACAUGGAGGGCUUUCCUGGAUUUUGUCUGUAGGACACCUGCCGUGCUAUUUCCCAGACAUAGCCCACCUGAGCACACAGGUAGAGGCGGGUCCCCAAAGACUUGGCCUCCCCUCAUUCCUGUCCUCUGUGUUUCCCCCUUGAAUUUCUCACUUCUUCCUCUUGGGUCCUCUUCCUUCUGUCUCCACUUCUGUUCUUACAUAAGCCACAGGCUGCUUCCCCUCGAGCCCUGGUAUGGCCCAAGACAGAGGCACCGAGGCUCGAGGGAGGAGCUGCUCUGGGAGGUCCCGCACAGUGGAAGGCCUGCUACUACCUGGAGUGGCUGUUAGGUCCUAAUACCUCUUGGGAGGCAGGGUGGGUGAAGUAGGACUGUCUUUGAUUUGCCUUGGGGGUCUCGCUCUGUGGAGACCCAGGCCCAUCCUUCUGUCCUCCUGAAUUUCUGGCCUGGGCUCUGCCCUCCUCGGUCUGAGUUUCCCUUCUCUGUCCACUAGCCCCUCUGCGCCUCUUUAGGUGGAUGUUAAGUCCAGUUGGUGAGAGGUUUCCCAAGAUGUGGCAUGCGGAAGCUCACAGAGUGGCCUCAACGGAGGAGGGUGGCGUGGGAGGGAGGAGCCCCCAGCACCCAUCAGAGCCCCACCAGGGGCCCCUCCCACCCCCUUCCCCACUGCUCACCUUUUCUCUGCACCACAAGCAGGUUCUAGUGUCUGUAAGAAACCGUGGUAGGCAUGCUGACAGACCCCUGUUGGGGAAAUAGAAUUGAAAACAAAAUCUCUUGCCAACCCAGAAAAGCUCUUUGCAAAAUAGAAGAGAAAAACAGCUUUUAAAAGAUUGAGUGUGCAUGAAACCAGAAUGUGGUGCACACCAUAGGCAAUCCCCUGAGAGACUGCAAAGAUGGGGAGCUCUCAGCCUGCAAUCCCUGAUCGGGAGCUCUCAGCCUGCAAUCCCUGAGCGACUGCAAAGAGGCGGCCCGUUACAGACAUGUUCUCAGGAUGAACAGCAACCAGCCCUCCAGCAAGAGGACUGGACAUUACCACUUGUCACACGCAGAUGGCAGGAAAGGGACACAACUGGCACUGAUGCUGGGAGGUCUCCAGGGAUGGAGAGUGGCCUGGCUGGCGACGGCACAGGAGCUGGGCUGGUGAUGAAGGUCAAGCAGGAGAAGCCGGAGCGGCUGCUGCAGACGCUGGCGCCGCAGGCCAUGCUUGUGGAGAAGGACAAGGAGAACAUCUUCCAGCAGCACCCGGGCCUCCCGCCACGCCAGACUAUGGGGCGGCCUCGAGCCCUGGGGGGACAGGAGGAGUCUGGGAGUCCAAGAUGGGCCCCUCCCACUGAGCAGGAUGCGGGGCUGGCAGGCCGGGCUCCCGGGUCAGCCUCCGGCCCCCUGAGCCCCUCGCUUUCCUCCGGUGAGGGUCACUUUGUAUGCCUGGACUGCGGGAAGAGGUUCAGCUGGUGGUCGUCCCUGAAGAUCCACCAGCGCACCCACACCGGGGAGAAGCCGUACCUCUGCGGCAAGUGCGGCAAGAGCUUCAGCCAGAAGCCGAACCUGGCGCGCCACCAGCGGCACCACACGGGCGAGCGACCCUUCUGCUGCCCCGAGUGCGCGCGGUGCUUCAGCCAGAAGCAGCACCUGCUCAAGCACCAGAAGACCCACUCCCGGCCCGCCACCCACUCGUGCCCCGAGUGCGAGCGCUGCUUCCGUCACCAGGUGGGCCUCCGCAUCCACCAGCGCGCGCAUGCCCGGGACCGCCAGGGCUCCCGCGCCGGCCUGCAUGAGCUGCUUCGGGACGCGGCGGCGCGCCGGGCCUGUCGCCUGCGGCCGGGGCCGCCGCGGGGGCGCCCCGAGUGGGCCUGGCUGGGGCUCUGCCAGGGCUGGUGGGGCCAGCCCGGGGCCCGGACCGCGGUCCCCGGCCCGGAGGGUCCGGGCGAGCCGCGCCAGUUCAUCUGCAACGAGUGUGGCAAGAGCUUCACCUGGUGGUCGUCGCUGAACAUCCACCAGCGCAUCCACACUGGCGAGCGCCCCUACGCGUGCCCCGAAUGCGGCCGCCGCUUCAGCCAGAAGCCCAACCUGACGCGGCACCUGCGCAACCACACAGGUGAGCGUCCGCACCCCUGCCCGCACUGCGGCCGCGGCUUCCGCCAGAAGCAGCACCUGCUCAAGCACCUGCGCACGCACCUGCCCGGCGCCCAGGCCGCGCCCUGCCCCAGCUGCGGUAAGAGCUGCCGCAGCCGCGCUGCGCUGCGCGCCCACCAGCGCGCCCACGCUGUCGCUGAGCCCGCCGUUCCGGCCGGGGAACCGGGCUACCAACCGCAGGCCGAGGCCAUCCCGGGCUUGGCCGCGAGGCCGCGGAGCUCCCAACGGUCCCCGGGGGCCCGGGACGCGCUGUGGGGCCGGGGACGAGCGGGCCUCGCUGGGCCUGGCGAGCCGCGCCAGUUCAUCUGCAACGAGUGCGGCAAGAGCUUCUCUUGGUGGUCAGCGCUCACCAUCCACCAGCGCAUCCACACGGGUGAGCGGCCCUACCCGUGCCCCGAGUGCGGCCGCCGCUUCAGCCAGAAGCCCAACCUGACGCGGCACCGGCGCAACCACACGGGCGAGCGGCCCUACCUGUGUCCCGCGUGUGGCCGCGGCUUCAGCCAGAAGCAGCACCUGCUCAAGCACCAGCGCGUGCACCGCGCGGCUCCUGCGUGCAGCCCCAAGGAGGAGGCGCGCUAGUGGACUGGACCUGAGCGGACCCGUGGUGGUGCGGGGGAUGUUUGCAGGGUGUGUGUGGGGAGUGGGGGUGGCCAGGAUUGCUGGCUCUUAGAACCCCUUAGAGCAGGACCAGUGGAUUCCUUAAGGCUCUGAAGGGCUGAGAACAGUUCUAGAAGCGUCCCAAAGGGUGCUGGGAAAGGUCCCAGCGUGGGUUGAGGGAGGAGGGAAGAUCAGAGUUCCUCACUGCGGGCCGGGAUGUGACCACCCUCUUCAGAGGUUGGACCCCAGGCUUCAAGCACCGAGUGAGGGGUCUGUUGGGGACGCUGGGAGAGUCUCUGGUGUGAAGUUGUUUAGGUCUGGACUGGUCAGCUGUAGCACCAGCCAGACCUGCCCACGCUUCAGGAUGGCCGGGGGCUGCCCCUGUGGGAGAGUUGCCAAGACUCGGUGAUACCAAGGAUGGAAGCCAGAGGCUGUGGCAAGGGAGAGCCAAGCAGAUUCCCAGCACCAGGGCCAGUGCGGGCACGUCGUAGACAUCCAAUAAAUAUUUUUGGAAGGA